AUGCCACUGACGUUUUGGGCAGAGCUUAGUGGUUUAUUCGGUUGGACGUACAAUCAAAAGUUGAGCUACGUGCCUUUUGCUGGCACGAAACCUGAAGAGAAACACGAAAUAUCGCCAUCUGCGCUCUUUCUAUUUCUACACGACGACAAAACUGGAGAAAUUUUGCAAGACACUAAACAUGACAUCGCUGAGAUGCUGGACGUUAUAAAAGACAUUGACAAAGCGUCGAAAAUCACUCUAGUCGAAAUCCACCAAAGCAGCCUAUUAGGCUCAGCGACAGAUUUUUUCAAAGCAUUUCACGUUUUCAACGUCUUCAGAACGACAAGUGAAUCAGACGGAGGAGACUAUUGGUGGUCUUUAGAAAAGAACACGAAACACAUCAUCUUGCAACGAUCGCGCAAGAAAAACGACGUCAAGAACAAGUUGGAAGGCGAUGAGCGAAAGCAAGUGAAACUCAUUAAAAAAGGUUUCAAAGGAAAAGGUACAAUCAAGAAUCUGUUUGCAAUACUUUUGUCAGUAAUCAGAGUACACUACAAUCUCGGACUUUCCAAUUGUCAGUCCUUGGUCUCUUUUAUCAGCAAAGAAAUUACUGAAAUAGGAUACGAUUUCAAGGGUGUGGGCUUGUAUUCUUUUUUUCCCGAUGAGCUACGCCAUCUACGCAACCAAAACGCCAAACUUAACAGGGCACUAUGGCAGAUAAUUCAUUUAGCUAACGAUAUACCGGUAACGAAUGAGUCGUACCCUUCUAUCAUUGACGUUCAUUGGACCGAUCUUACCGAUUUGAUGCUCAAAAGUGGCAACUAUGACAUCAACGCCCUCUACGGGGGUUUCACUUCGCUCCACUUUGCGCUGCUCUUGGAUAAAUACGAAAUGGUUCGAAAUCUUCUCAAACCUCCACUCAAUGCCGAUCCAACGACUCGCGACAGCAGAUUCGGGGUGAAUGCUCUUCAUCUGGUGGCCAUUGACUAUUUCAUUCCAUCAGACAUCAUCGAUUUGCUAUUAGCUCAUCCCAAAGUCAACAUUGAUGAUGUCAACCAACGUGGACGAACGGCUCUCCAUUUCGCUGCUCGUGUAUCCAACGUCAUGGUGGUUCGGAAAUUAUUAGGAAAUGGAGCCAAUCCCAACAUUGGCGACAAUGAAGGUCUGACCCCUCUUCAUCUAGCAGCUCGUCGCGACACGAAAACAGUCAAUAUCGAUGCAAUCAUUAAAGCUCAAAAGGCCAAACAACGGCAUGUUGACGAAGAUAAAAGUCACAAUGGAUGGACUGCGCUUCAUCACGCUGCCGACUCAUCCAAUGAAAUCAUUGCCGAGCAUUUGAUCGACGUGGGCGCAGAUGUUAAUUCUCGAGACAAUGAUGGCCUCACUCCAUUUCACGUGGCUGCACUAAAGGCUAAAAAUAUGCAAAUCAUCGACUCGAUAUUAUGGAAAAUGAAGGACAUGAACCAGUACAGAAAAGACGAAAAACUUUUCUGCUGCGCCUACAGAAACGAGAAUUUACUAGGAGCCGAAAUUGUUGCUCGAUUGAAGAGAAUCGACAGUUUGAAAGAAAAUCCUCAAAGUAGGAUCGACAAAAAAUUUUUACAUCAUUCUGACCGCAGUGCUUCUGCAGUGGUGAUGAAUGGAUUUCCACAACUAGGUCGCCUUCGAAUAGAGAGCGCAAAGAAUGCACAGGAAAUUGAUACAAUCCUGAAAGAUUUCUAUAUCGACCAAAGUGAUGAAAAUGGGGAGUCUCCACUCUUUUUCGCCAUUCGCGCCAACAACGUGAUUGCUGUUGGACUUUUGCUGGAAAGAGGAGCCGAUUCCAACAGGCGCAACAACAAUGGCCUCACUCCUUUUCAAGUGGCAGCGACACAAGAAAAGGAUUUCAAAAUUCUCGACUUACUUCUGACAAACGACAAAGUUGAUAUCGAUGGCGGGGGCCAAUCUGGAUAUAGUGUCCUUCAUUGGGCAAUGGCAACAUCCAACGUGACUGCCGCUCGCUUCCUGUUGUCAAAAGGAGCCAAUCCAAAUGUUGCUGACCGAAAUGGAGCCACUCCACUCCAUGUGGCGGCCUAUUGUGCAGACACGACUGACGUUCUCGACCUGAUCCUGGAAAAAGAAAAAGUCGACAUUAAUAGACGUGACAAAAAUGGCCAAACUGCUCUUCAUUAUGCAGUAAGAGGAUACAGAGUGUAUAAUGUUGACUACUUGCUGGAAAACGGAGCCAAUCCAGCCAUUCGCGACGAGAAUGGCGACACUCCUCUUCAUCUGGCAGCAGCGGCAUUUAAUAAAAACUCGGCUAUUCUCGACUUACUUUUGGCAACCGAGAAAAAGAUUCAGAUUAACGAAAGGAACAACGCCGGAAUGACUGCGCUCCAUAUGGCA